AUGUCUGUUGCUGAUGUUGCUCUGAGUCCGAUUCACAAAGAAUCGGUACAUUGGCGACACCAGCUUGGACCUUACCCUGGCGAAUCAAUCCUCAUAUAUCUUAGUGUGGACGGAGCUGUGACACCAAUGCGUGUGUUGGAGUCCGAUUCCAUUGCUUCAGUGAAAAUGAGGAUUCAGACAUGCAAAGGAAUUGCAGGGAAGAAGCACAAGCUGAUUCAUGGUGGCAGAGAGCUUGCACGCAAAGAUACACCCAUCAGGGAGUACGGUGUUGCUGCCGGGAAUGUUCUCCAUUUGGUUCUCCGUCUCUCUGAUAUGAUCUCCAUCGUUGUCAGGACCAUAUGUGGGAAGGAAUUUGAAUAUCAGAUUGAUCGGCAUAGAAAUGUUGGGCACCUUAAGCAACGCAUUAAAAAGAAGGGGAAAGGUUUUGUUGAUCUCGAGGAUGAAGAGCUUUUCCGAGGUGGUGAAAAACUCGAUGACAAGAGAAUGUUCCAUGACAUAUGCAAGAGUGAUGAUGACGUGAUCCAUUUGAUAAUUCAAAAAUCAGCAAAGGUUAAGUCAACACCAGUUCACAAAGAUUUGGAGCUUUCGGUUGUGGCAGCUACUCCAGGUGUAAGAGAGAACCAGAACCAGAUUCAGAUACCACCUGGUGUAGAUUUCUGGUUGGAACCAAUUUUUGUGAAUCCAAAGAUCAACUUUUUUCCUUUCCUUUGGGACAUGAUCAAUUCCACAUUCAAUGGUAUGAAAAAAGGAAAUCACCCUAUCAGAUCUUCUGAGGGCACAGGUGGGACUUAUUUCAUGCAAGAUUCAACAGGUAUGGAGUGUGUUUCAGUUUUUAAGCCCAUUGAUGAGGAACCAAUGGCGGUGAAUAACCCACGAGGACUACCAGUUUCAUCUAAUGGGGAAGGUUUAAAAAGAGGGACAAAGGUGGGAGAAGGAGGUGUGAGAGAAGUUGCAGCCUAUAUAUUAGAUCAUCCAAGGGCUGGCCCACGUUUGGUGUCAGGUGAAGCAAUAGGCUUUGCCGGUGUUCCUCCUACUGUUAUGGUCCAGUGCUUACACGAAGCAUUUAACCACCCAGAUGGGUAUGCCUGCUCAUCAAAGCAUUCCAAGAUCGGGUCAUUGCAGAUGUUCAUGAAUAAUGAUGGUAACUGUGAGGAUAUUGGACCAGGGGCUUUUUCUGUGGAGGAGGUGCAUAAGAUCACCGUGCUCGAUAUAAGGAUGGCCAAUGCAGAUAGACAUGCUGGGAAUAUAUUGUUCAGAAAAGAGGAAGGUGGCCACACUUUGCUCAUUCCCAUUGAUCAUGGCUACUGUCUACCACAGAAAUUCGAAGAUUGCACAUUUGAUUGGCUUUACUGGCCCCAAGCAUGUCAGCCUUACUCUCCUGAUACAGUUGAUUAUAUUAAUUCUUUGGAUGCUGAAAAAGAUAUAGAACUUCUGAAAUAUUAUGGGUGGGACAUUCCACUUGAAUGUGCCCGAACACUCCGCAUCUCCACAAUGUUAUUGAAGAAAGGGGUUGAGAGAGGUCUCACUCCCUAUGCAGUUGGAAGAAUUAUGUGUAGAGAAAAUUUAAACAAGGAAUCUGUAAUUGAGGAGAUUAUUUGCGAAGCACAGGAAUCAUUGUUACCUGGCAUGGAGGAAUCUACGUUUCUUGAAUCUGUCUACCAGAUCAUGGAUUCUCGCCUUGAUAAGCUUUCAAAUUAG